UUACCUGGCUGGGACGGGGAACUAGAGCAGAGUGAAGCAACAACUUGGCUGUAUAUAGUCUGGUGCAUUUGCACCUUAUUAACGAUCGUCUGUUUACCUUACGGCCAGACGUACAGUACAGCGCCGUGGUGAGACUACUAAUAUCUGAGAGCUGGAGUCAGCCGUGUUGAUUAAAUUUAUGUCCAUUUUCUAUGUCCACACUGCACGUCAAAAUGAGUUCGGAACAAUCCCAAAUUACACAUGUAAUAUUCGACAUGGAUGGGCUCUUGCUUGAUACAGAAAGACUCUACACUGUUAUCUAUGAAGAGAUUUUCCAAGAGCAUGGCAUUCCAGAAUACACAUGGGAACUCAAGCAGAAACUGAUGGGACGUAAAGAGAUAGAGUCAGCACAAAUAGUCAUCCGUGAGACAGGAAUGAACAUUACACCAGAGGAGUGGAUCAGGCUUUUGAAUCAUAAGAGCCAAGAAGUGUUUCCAGCAGCAGAACUUAUGCCAGGAGCAGAGAAACUUGUCUGCCAUCUCUUCAAGCAUAAAAUUCCCAUUGCCGUGGCAACUGGCUCCCCAAGUGCACUGUUUGAACUCAAGACCAAGAGGCAUAGUGACUUCUUCAAGUUGUUUCAUCAUAUAGUGUGCACUGGAGAUGAUCCAGAGGUCAAACAUGGCAAGCCUGCACCAGACCCCUACUUGGUAGCAUUACAUAGGUUUGGGGGAGAUAUACCGCCCACUGACAAAGUUCUUGUGUUUGAAGAUGCAAUCAAUGGUGUAUUAUCUGCACAUGCAGCUGGUAUGAAAGUCAUCCUUGUUCCUGAUCCCAGGUUAGAUCAGACAAAGGCCAAAGAUGCCAACUUGAUCCUGUCUUCAUUAAAGGACUUUGUGCCCGAGGACUGGGGAUUGCCACCAUACAGUUCUGCUGUUUGUUGAUAUCCAUUCCCAAUGGUAGAAACCAACGCUCAAUCUUUCAGUUGUGAUCAUGGAUGGAACCUUUUUAUGCAACAACUUAUUCAUUAAUCUUUCUUUUUAUAUAGGUUGUGCAGGGCAGCCAUUUUUCUGAUACGAGCUUUCGCUCCACAGGGAUACACAUG